AUGGCUCUCUGCGGCUACCCUACAAACAUUCAAUUUGUUCACAGUGACAACAGCCAGAUUGACAUGGUCUUCGACAUGGGCUGUCGGACUUUGAAAAUUCACGAUCGAUGGCUGGAUCCUGGUGCAGUGCAUUAUCAAUCGCCUUGCCGACCUGGCAUGGAAUACGCGCUGACAGCAUGUGGGUCAUUCUUCUGCGACCAUGUCAUCGAGGAGCUCUUCGCAAUGGUGCAGGGCGAAAUGUCCAGAGUUUCACCAUCCGUCAUGAAUCAUAGUCGUCGCAACAGAGAAAUUCGACUUGUAAGAAGCAAGCUUCGCAUGAUGCCACGUGAUGUGUUUGUUCGAGCAGGCUCUAUGCCAGGUACUUUGCGUGUAUCGUGGCAAGACAGGGAAACGGAAUCUUUUCUGGAAUUACAUGGCUCACAUGCAGCGUAUCAUGUCGUUCUCCACGAGGAGAAAUGCGCUGGCGUGAUGGCUCAUCAUCUUCACAGUGAUAAAGUCGAUAUUCGAAUCACGCAAGCCCCCUGUGGCUGUAUGCAAAAGUUUACGCCACAAAAUCAGAAAUGUGUGGAAUUCGACCGGCUCGACUUUCAUAAGAAGUAUUUCCCCAUGAUAGCCGCCAACGAGCUAGCAGCUUUCUUCGGCCAGCCUACGUCACCUAUUCAUCCAGCCCGCCUGCCACAGCCGCCGCUUUACACGGGUUGGAAUGGUACAACGCGCAACGGCUCAAUUUGGCAGGUACAAAAUACGAUGAACCCGACUUUCGGAGGGAUAGUCGCUACAUCGUCCGGUCAAGCUAUUUAUUAUGACGGGAGAUUGCCAAAGAGGGCCCUGCCACCUUUGUAUCCCAACGACCGUCGGAUAGCAUAG